GGGAGGCACCUAUAAAGGCCCUUGGCCUUCUGUGCAGAGGAUCUGUGGGCCAUUGCUUCCUCCAGGAGAACACGGUAUGAUGACCCGGCUACUGCUCUUCCUGGCAGGGUGCCUCUUUAGCCUGGGAAUUGGGCUGUGGGUGAUCUUUCAGCAUUUCUUUAGGACAGAUGUCCCUGCUGCCAUUGGCUACACAGGGAGGUUCCGUGUCCUGCACUGUGUCUUUCUACUAGUGACCACUUUGGGCAAUAUUUUAGAGAAGCUGGGAAUCUGCUCGAUGCCAAAAUUUAUCCGUUUUCUGCAUGACAGUAUUCCAAGAAAGAAGGACCCUAAUGUCGUGGUAACUGAACUGCGCAUUGGGACGAUACCUGUGAGGCUAUAUAAGCCAAAGGCACCAUCUGGAAGACCCCGUUGUGGGAUCAUCUUUUUCCACGGAGGCGGUGGCCUAUUUGGGAGCCUGAAGCUUUACAACAACCUGUGCUGCUACUUGUCCAGGGAAAGUGACUCCGUGGUUAUGUCUGUUGGUUACCGCAUGCUUCCUGACCACCGGUACCCGUCUCCAUUUUAUGACUGCAUAUCUACUACAAUCCACUUUCUGAGAACCCUGGAAACCUUUGAGGUGGAUCCAUCUCGGGUCAUCAUGUGUGGAGACAGUGCUGGAGGGACAAGUGCAACUUCUGUUUGUCAAACCCUCGUGACCCAGCCAGAUCUCCCCAAGAUACGAGCUCAGAUUCUGAUCUAUCCUUAUCUCCAGGGAUUUAAUUUCCAGCUGCCUUCUUAUCAACAGAACAAAUAUAUCCCAUUCCUUAGCUGGAAUACUGUCAUUUCUUGUAUGUUCCGAUAUUUGGAUAUCCACCCCUCUUGGGAAACCACUAUUCUGAAUGGUUCUCAUGUGCCCCCUGAGAUGCGGAAGAAGUCAGAGGAAAGGAUAAAUGUCCGUAACAUACCUGAGAGGUUCAAAGAGAGAGGCUACCAAUACCUAUCACCUGGCCCUUUUAAUGAGAUUGCUUACUUGGAAACCAAACAGAUGUUGUGGACAGUAAAUUCACCACUAAUUGCUGACGAUGAUAUCAUUGCCCAACUCCCUGAGACCCUGCUUGUGAGUUGUGAGUUUGAUAUCCUACGGGAUGAAGCGCUACUGUACAAGAAGAGGCUGGAGGACCAGGGGGUACCAGUGAGCUGGCACCACAUUGAAGAUGGUUUUCAUGGAGUGAUGCUCAGCUUUGACACAAAACCCUUCUUCUUCCCCUGCUCCUUAAGAAUUCUGAAUAUUGUUGUCCAUUUUAUAAAGGAUCUGUGAACCUCACUCCCAGGACUUUGAAGAAAAGAAUGGCAAUUCUUUGGACUUUCUGGACUUUGUCCAAAGCUGUUGAGCUUCAUUUUACUGAUUUAGGGGAUAGGGCAAGUUCUGAAUCUGAAGGGAGGAGACUGGGCAUAUAGUCCUGCCUUAGAAUCAAGAAUGCCAAAACAGUUUCUAACGGAUAAAUAGUUAAAGGAAGGUGGUUUGAAGUAGUGCCUGUUCACAGACAUGGUGGUGGAAAGAGUAGGCUGGAUAAUGCUUGUGUUAUCUUUUCUAAGUCUAUUGGCAAUAUGGGCCAUUCAUAUUAGGGAUGCCCUAAGAUGGAUUGUGAGUACCCAGAUGAUUCUAGGGUGAUAAGGUUCAGGUCUGACUGGAACAUCUGCCUUCACUCUCUGAGCCUCUGGUGGCUGGGCCUAUGAGUGACAAACUAGUCUAUGACUGAGACUGGACAAUCCCAUGUGGCUUUGGAAGAUGGAAAGACAGUAUGCUCUUGACCCAGAGAUAGUAUAUUGCUGUUGGGCUUAUAUUCCAAAAAUAUCAAAGAAAGAGGAAAAGGGGCCACAGGUACAAAAAUAUUCAUAGCAGCUCAUUUUUUUAAUGCAAAGAACUGGAAGCAAUACCAAUUAUGGUAAAUAAAUGUAAUGGAUUACUAUUGUGAUGUAAGAAAUGUAAAAAGGAAGAGUUUCAGAGAAACCUUGGAAGAUUUCUAUGAAUGAAUGCAGAGCAAAGUGAGCAGAAUCAGAGAACAAUUUCUACUAUAAUAACAUUGUAAUGUAUGAUAACAUUGUAAAGGGGAAAAAAAAAGCUUCGAAAGAAUUGAGAAACCUGAUCAAUCCAAUGACCAGUCAUAAUUGCAGAGGACCAAUGAUGAAACCUGCUACCUGCCUCCUGAUAGAGAGGUUAAGAUGUAGACAUGCACAUCUGGAUAUGGCCAACUGGGGUAUUUAUUUUGCUUAACUUAAAUGUAUUUGUUACAAAGUUUUUGUUUCAAGUGGUGGUAUGGUAAAGAAUGGAGGGCAAGGUUAAGGUUGCUUCAAUAAAUAAAGAACAAAAAAAGAAACAAAAAAGAAUCAUUGAAGCAUUUUUAAAAAGUACAUAGAGAGAAAAAGAAAGAAGACCAGAAUGAGUCAUAGAUAAGGAGGUUGGCUUUGCAGGUUACAUGUUGAA